UAAAAUAUUCCUCGCCCUUGCGGCGCGCGGACUCCGUUCAGGGCCUCCACGUGCCACGUGGCGGUCCCAGAUUCCGUCACGUGCCCCCAGCGCAAGCGGCGGAUGCGAAUCCUUCCAAGAUACCCGCCAACAUCCAGCUCCAAAUCUUAAUCCCCCCACCACCCGACCGGAAGGAUAUCUUUUCUGGCUCUUCUCAUCUCCAUGAGUCUCUCCUUCUUUAAUCCCUUCUUUCCGGAAAAACUAGGAAAACCCUAGAAAUCUCCGAGGCUUUCUUUGAUCUGUUCUCUGGGGCCUGUUAAGUGAUCUGAAAUCGGGUUGGAAUAGGUGAAAGGUGAUUGUAUGUCAUGUCUCUUCUUAGUGAAACUCUCCCCCAUGCUUGCUCGUUAAACCAGCAUUGCUGGCAGUGGGCUCGAAUCUACUUGAACUACUGUCUGUGUAGUGCAAAGGAUGGCAUGUCUUUAGCUCUUGGACUGGUCAGUGUUGUCAGUUGGGGUGUUGCUGAGGUUCCUCAAAUCAUCACAAAUUACAAAGAGAAAUCCAUGGAAGGCCUUUCAAUUGCUUUUCUGAUGACAUGGAUUAUCGGAGAUCUAUUUAAUCUUAUCGGUUGUCUGCUGGAGCCCACUACUCUGCCAACACAAUUUUACAUGGCGUUGUUAUACACGACUACUACUGUGAUUCUGACAGCACAAACUGUAUAUUAUGGUCACAUCUAUCAUCGCUUGAAAGCUAACAAAGACAGAGUAUGUCAUAAGAGCCACAGACAUCACCAAGAAGAUGAACCAACAAAAGAAAGACUGCUAGGAUACAACAUCGAUGACAAGGAAACAAGAGCCAGUAAUUAUCAGGCAAAUGGAUCAAAUCCUGUAAGGGAAGGAAUGCAUAUGACAAGUUCACCUAUUCCCGUGACGGCACCUGUAAUUGGUCGCUAUGGUUCUUAUGGGAGAGACUUGUAUUACAUGUCUGCGCGUUCUUUAUCAAAGAGCCCAAUCCCUACAGCAGGUUCAUGGUUAGCACAUUUACAUCAUUAUAGCAGAACAGCUCUCAACCAUGAUCGACAUUCUUCACAAGAGCCUUUGGUUGGUAGGCUGGUUCCACAACAGUCUGCACCACUGAUGAACACCAAAAAUAUGCUUUCUGUGGUACCUUCUGUAGCAUUUCUCCUUGGCAUUUAUAGUAUCCACCUUUUCAUGAAGAAGUCCUUUAAUGCAUCACCUCAUCCAGCAGUGAUAUUAGUGGGCCGAAAGCUUUUACAGGACCAGGUUUUUGAGUCACCAGUGAGACAUGGUGAUGGAAGCAGAGGAAUAGGAAACUUACUUGGCUGGGCAAUGGCAGCUAUAUAUAUGGGUGGAAGGCUUCCUCAAAUUUGCUUAAAUAUCAGAAGAGGCAAUGUGGAGGGCCUCAAUCCAUUGAUGUUUAUAUUUGCAGUGAUUGGAAAUACAACAUAUGUAGGAAGUAUAAUUGUCAACAGCUUAGAUUGGUCUAGAAUCAGACCUAACCUGCCAUGGUUAGUGGAUGCAGGAGGAUGUGUUCUUCUGGAUGCUUUUAUUCUCCUCCAGUUUCUCUAUUUCCACCUUCGGAAGCCCAUUGCUGUUGCAAGCAGAAAUAACCAAUUUGAUUCUUCUUAAAGGAGGCAAAUUUAAUUUUUGGCAAACCCACAGGUGAAUUGAAGCACUCCCACGUCAAACUUCUAACUAGGUUUGUGCUGAUCAGCAUGUGAACUAUGCAUGCUCUGGUGCAAGAUAAUCAAGCCGAUAUACUACUUGGUGCCAAGAUGAUAAUUCUGAUCGGUUUCAUUUUUCCCCUUCUUUUGAUUUUCCAAAGGAAUGUUGUUUUGGAAUGUUCUCUUAAAAUGUGUAAUAAACUGGAGGAUAUAAUUUCGUUCCGUACUUUAGUUUUAGAUUGAAGAUAUUAUCCUAUGAUGUUUUUAGUUACUCCUUGUUCAGCUGUUCUUUUAAGAACAUUAGUAAGUCUUUAAUUGAUUUGCUAUGCAAUGGUGUUUGGUGUGAUA